AUGAAAAAUAAGGCAACAAAAGAAGAUAAAACUAAAAAGGGUUUACAAAAUGAUCAUGUACUCUCAGUUCUUUCAAUUGCUGUUGCAAUACCACUAUCAAUGUCAUUUUGGAUUAUCAACAUCAUUUAUUCCAAAAUAUUUCAAAGUGAAGGUUUUGAUGAAAUUACACUGAUUUCUCCUGGAAGAUGGUUAGCGGCUUGUAUUAUACCUAUUCUUGUAGCUUUCUAUGGAUAUAGAAGAAAAACACUUAGUUUAAGUGGUGCCCUACUAGCUUUAGUAGUAGGCUUUGUCCUUGUUUUGUCCAAUUAUUGUUUCAUGAUGACUUUACUAAUAUUCUUUUUAUCAUCAUCAAAGGCUUCACACUUUAGACCACAUUUGAAAAAAAAAUUUGAAGAAGAUUUUAAAGCAGGUGGUGAAAGAACAUGGGUUCAAGUUUUAUGCAAUGGAGGAAUGGCUACACAGCUUGGUAUCUUAUAUUUAAUUGACGUUGGGUCAUCCGAACGACCUAUUGACUUUGUUAAAGAUUAUAGAGCAUCUUGGCUAAGUAUGGGAGUUCUAGGAGUACUAGCUUGUUGUAAUGGUGAUACUUGGGCCUCGGAACUUGGCACAGUGUUAUCAAAAUCUGAUCCUUACUUGAUAACAUCAUUUAAAAAAGUACCAAAAGGGACAAACGGAGGAAUAAGUUUUAUAGGAACCGUUUUAAGUACACUUGCGGGUAUUGUUAUAGGUGUUGCACAUUACCUAUCAAUUUUGUAUUUUGCUGACAGAACCACUUGGAUGUAUGCACCUCCUCAGUGGCCAAUUAUCGUAUAUGGUGGACUGGGGGGUCUUAUUGGAAGUAUGAUUGAUUCUAUUAUGGGAGCAACAUUACAAUAUAGUGGCAUUGAUAAAGAUGGCAAAAUAGUAUCCCACUCCAGUGUAUCCGUAAAACAUAUAAGUGGGAAAAAUAUUUUGGACAAUAAUAGUGUCAACCUAAUUUCGACCGUAGUUAUGGGAUUACUAAUACCAACUCUCAGUAAGAAUUUUUGGCCACUGGUGUAA